AUGUCCCAAGCCACCCGUGUCAGGAGAGCUAUUCCUUCUGCAGUUAACACGCCUACUGAGAUACAUGUGACUCAAAUUACCUCCAUAAAAAACGAUGAUGCCGAGACUAUAUUGACAGAGUUCAUCAGUGCCAGUGAAGCCAUCGCCAAUGCCCUUCCAGGCACUACGGUUCCACAGGAUGAGUCAGUUUCCACUGGUUUGUCCAACGUAUCUGGCAGCGGUGCUGUUUUGAGUCAGUUGAAGAGAGUGCAAAGAGACUUGAGAGGCUUGCCCCCCAUGGCUGCCGAGCCAGCACUCGAGUCCAACAAGAGAACCAAGUUUGAAGAUAGUGCAAGCGAGCCCCAAAACAAGAAGAUCAAGUUUGACGACGAGGACGACGAGGAUGACGAGCAACCAGAAGAACCCAAGUCUGAAGAAGACAACCACAACGAGACUGCUGCUGAUGCCGACACCACCGAGGCGUCUGUGAUCGAGGAAGACAAGAAGGACAAAAAGGAGAAGAAGGAAAAGAAGGAGAAGAAGGACAAGAAGAAGAAGGAGAAGAAGGACAAGAAGUCCAAGUCCGACGAUGCUUAA